AUGGCGCAACACAUAUAUACAGACUUGCCUCUUGAGGCAGAUAGUUCGGAUGCCGACUCGGCAUUUGGUGGCAGCAACAUAGACUCGCUUAGUUACAAGACGUCUAUUACAUCUAGUAUCUGGAAUUAUAAAUAUGAGAAUGGGCGCCGAUAUCACUCGUAUAGAGAAGGAGAAUACCUGAUCCCCAACGAUGACCAAGAGCAAGACCGCAUGGACCUCCUGCAUCAUGUCUAUCGACUAUUGCUAAAGGGAGAAUUGAAUUGUGCGCCUAUUACGAAGGAUCCGCGACGAGUACUGGAUUUGGGCACCGGAACAGGGAUUUGGGCGAUCGAUUUUGCAGAUCAAUUUCCAGAAAGCGAAGUAAUAGGAAACGACCUCAGUCCCAUUCAACCCCAAUGGACGCCACCAAACGUCACGUUUGAAAUCGACGACUUCGAAGCGGAAUGGCCGUUCAGCCGACCAUUCGACUACAUCCAUGGCCGAGAGCUGGCAGGCUCCGUCAAGGACUUUGACGCUCUCUUCGCGCAGGCCUAUAAAAACCUUGCUCCCGGCGGCUACUUUGAAAUGCAAUCUUUCCGUAUCGAGAUCUUCUCCGACGACGGCACGCUUGAAAAAGCACCUUACACAACUCAAUGGACGGGUUUACUGAAAGAAGCCAGUGAAAAAUUUGGAAAGCUCAUGACCAACAUGGACGAAUGGCCCGAUAAGAUGACCGCUGCCGGGUUUGACGAUGUCACGCUACGCAUAAUCAAGGUGCCAAUGAACCCGUGGCCCAAGGAUGCCAAACAGAAGGAAAUUGGUCGGUAUAUGCAGGUCGAGCAGGAAUCAGCUGCGCCGGGUUACACAAACGCAUUGCUGAGUCGGGUAUUGGGCUGGUCCAAAGAGGAGAUUGACGUUCUGUUGGCACGCGUUGUGUCAGAGCUAAGGGACAGGAGUAUCCACCAAUACUCCAAGUUAUAUGUAAUAUACGGGAGGAAACCCAGUACUUGA